ACAUAUACUGAUAAAGAUGGCACAGUUUAUGAAUGGGAUGAUGAGAAGAAAGCUUGGUUUCCAAAGAUUGAUGAAGAUUUUAUUGCAAAUUAUCAGUUAAAUUAUGGUAACAAUGGUCAAACAUCUGAGGAAAAACAAGAAGAGAACUCUGAGAAAUCUACAGAAUAUGAUCAGAAAGCAUAUGAAAAAUAUUGUCGCGAAUAUUAUAAUUAUUAUGGUUAUGAAUAUAAAGGAGAUGAAGCUACCUCUACCACCUGGUUUAAAUAUGAAGCUGAUGAAGGAACCCAUGUUUAUGUCAGUGGUUUACCAUCUAGUAUCACUGAAGAAGAAUUUCAACAACUCAUGUCCAAAUAUGGACUUAUUAUGUUUGAUCCACAUAAUAAAAAACCUAAAUUGAAAUUAUAUAAAGACAGUGAAGGGAAUAUGAAAGGUGAUGGUCUCUGUUGCUAUAUAAAGAAAGAAUCAGUAGAUUUGGCAUUGAAGUUAUUAGAUGGUUUAGAAUAUAAUGGAAGUACAAUCAGUGUAGAAAAAGCACAAUUUGAAAUGAAGGGUGAAUUUGAUCCAACAAAGAAGAAAAAGAAAUUGAGUAAUAAACAAAAGAGAAAAAUGAAGGAAAAACAAGAAAAAUUAUUUGAAUGGAAGCUAGAUAAACCAGUUGAUAUCCGAUUAAAACAUGAAAGAAUUGUCAUUCUUAAAAAUAUGUUUGAUCCAAAAGAAUUUGAGACUGAUCCAUCAUUAAUUAAUGAAUUAAGAGAAGAUGUAAGAACAGAAUGUUCUAAAUUUGGUGAUGUUAGAAAAGUUACCGUUUAUGAUCGUAAUGUAGAAGGUACAAUAUCUGUAAUGUUUAAAACACCAGAAGAAGCUGAUGUUUGUAUUGAAGCUUUACAUGGUCGAUGGUUUGCUAAAAAACAAAUACACGCUGAAACUUAUGAUGGUAAAACUAAAUAUGAAGUAGAGGAAACAGAAGAAGAAAAAGCUGAACGUAUUCAAACUUGGAAUAAAUUUCUUGAAGGUGAAGCAUCUGCUAAUAGUGACUCUAAAGGU